AUAUGGGCACGAGCUAUAUAAGCUACUGAGUUGGCUGCAAAUGAACAUUAUCGCUCAAGAGCUUUAGAAAACCCAACCCACCACCAGCAAAAUGUACAAGUUUUUGGUUCUCGCUGCCCUCAUUGCCUGCUCUGCGGCCAAGCCCGGAGUUGUGGCCCCGUUGGCUGCUCCUCUGGCCUACGCCAACGCUCCACUGUACGCCGCCGGUGGCAGCAGCCAGGUGGAUGUCCGCAACAACUACGACGGCACCCUGUCCUCUUACACCACGGCUCCCUUCGAAUUCACCGCCCCCUACUCCAGCCGCUAUGUGUCCGGAAUCCCAGCUGCUCCCGCCGUAGUGGCCAAGUACGCCGCUGCUCCUCUGGCAGCUCCUUUGGCUGCUGCUCCAUUGGCUGCUGCUCCUCUGGCUGCCCCUCUGGCCGCUGCUCCUUAUGCCGCUCCCUAUGCCGCCGCCGCCUACUCCGCCUAUCCCUACGCAUCGCCCUACGCUGCUCCCUAUCUGGCAUCUCCCUAUGCCGCUCCUUAUGCAGCUCCCUUCGCCGCCGCUGCCCCAGCUCCAGUGGUGGUCUAAGGACACACCUCGUAACCAAGCCAAACUAUAGACAAUUUUUGUAAACAAACUUGAAAUUAAAUUACGAACAAACAACUUAAAAA